UGAGUGACAUUUGUUUUCAUUCGGAAUUACCUCAGAUAAUAAAUAUUAUGUGUAUUGUCUAAGUUUCAGCCGAUAUUAAGUUUAAUACUUGUGGUAUAAAUUAAUAUUCCCACAUAGAUGCAAUCCAAUAUGGAUUUAUCUGUAUUUUCAGAUUUAAAUAUGAGUUUAAAUGUUUAUAAGACAUGAAUUUCAGUCUUGAGUGCUAAGAAUUAUUAUGACUGAAAAUAUGGAACAGUUAGGAUGUAUAGAUGGAUUAUUACCAUGCUUUUGGAAUCCCUCACCAGAACAACAACACAGUGCUGAAAUUGACAAACGAAUAGCUAGUGAAAAGAGGGACUUCCAAAAAACACAUCGGUUACUUCUGCUGGGUGCUGGGGAAUCUGGCAAGUCAACCAUUAUUAAGCAAAUGCAACUAAUUCAUGUUGAAAAGUUCAGUGAUCAAAUUAGAUUAGAAAGGAGAGUGGACAUUCGAAACAAUUUAUUGGAUGCUAUUGUGAGUAUUAUUACUGCAAUUCCCAUAUUAUCACCUCCAGUGCCUUUAGAACAUGCUGAAAACAUGAAACGAGUCAAUUGGAUACUGCACAAUGCGACAAAGCCGGAUUUCGAUUUCCCAGAUGAGUUUUAUGCUCAUGUAGAGGAAUUAUGGAAAGACAAGGGCAUUCAGGCCAUAUUUCAAAGAAGUAAUGAAUAUCAACUUAUUGAUAGUGCUCAGUAUUUUUUAGAAAGGGUUGAUGAAAUUAGAAAGGAAGAUUAUCUUCCUAGUGAACAAGACAUUUUAAGAUGUAGAGUAUUAACGCGAGGCAUCUAUGAAUUAGUAUUUAGAGUUAAAAACGUUAAAUUUAAAAUGAUUGAUGUGGGUGGCCAAAGAGGAGAAAGAAGAAAGUGGUUUUUAUGCUUUAACGGUGUAACUGCUAUCAUAUUCGUCACUGCAAUGAGUUCGUACGACUCAGUUUUAAGAGAGGACCCUACAAAAAAUCGUCUAGUCGAAAGCCUUGAGAUAUUUAAGACCGUUUGGAACAACAAAUUUCUGAAAAACAUACCCGUAAUUUUAUUCUUAAAUAAACAAGACAUUCUCAAGAGGAAAGUUUUACUAGGUAGGAGUAAAAUAGAGGACUACUUUCCUGAGUAUCGGUAUUACAAGUCGUCAGAAAAAAACGAAUAUUUUAAUGAGAAUCCGGAAGUUGAAAGAGCCAAAUCUUUUAUAAAACAUUUGUUUGAGAAAAUUUAUACAGGAUCGGAUAGAACUGAAAGAAGUAAAGCUGAUUUCUGUUAUCCUCAUUUUACUUGUGCAAUAGACACUGAGAACAUUAAAGAAGUAUUCGACACUGAGUGCGUAUUGCGCAUUUUCGAGGACUGCCGAGACGCAAUACAACGCAAGUACCUGAAAGAAUCAGAUUUACUCUAAGAACCAUUUCUUUACAAACAAUUUAAUUAGUACUAAUUUACAUUAUAAACCUGUAACAAAGUGUUGGCCAUAGAACGUAGCCAAACAAUUUUUGCUUAUAAUGUUUAUUGUAUAAAGACAUUGGUAUUAUAAAGAUUAAAAUAUAUAUGAUAUAUUUAAUAAAUAGCUUCCAUACAGAGUGAUUAAAAUCAGCAACCUCCUACUGCAAUAAAGCGUAUUAUUUUAAAAUAUUUUUAAAAUUUAAAAUCUUAUUAACUAAUAUAUUCUAAUACUAAAAUAUUAAAAUGCUGAUGUUGAUUUUCGAUGACAUCGAAAUGUUAUAAUUGCUGUUUGAAAGUAGUAUUUUUAAAAUAAUACAGUUCGUUUAAAUUGGUAUAUAUAAAAUUGCGAACUGUAAACGGGUUUCAAUUUACUAAAGUAAAUAUUAACUUAAUUUGAAUUAGAUGAAUUAGAAUUAAAAAUCAAUUUAGGUAUAAUAUAAUGCUCAAUAUCCUACUGAUAACCAUAUACAUAGCCAUAUAAGGAAAUUGAAUUACAGGGUGGAUUAUUAAACUUCACUUAAUCCUUGAAAAUUUUCCAUUUUAAAUUGUGCCAUCAGUUUUAAACAUCAGAUGAAAAUAAUUUUCAACGACCAAAAAGCAAUAUCGUGUCUCUCACUAAUUUUAAAUAACAAACAACAACCUAGACUAGUUUAUUCAAGUAGUAUAGCUAGUGGAUAGUGCUGAAGACCCACUGUACCAAAAAGUGGAAUAUUGCAUGUAAACAUUUAAUUUUUUACUUUUUUAAAUCUAUAAAAUAUUGUUAAUGAGAGUUUUGUUUACCUGCUCACUGAUGAUUUGAUGUUAUAUAUGUAGCAAUGUCGUUAUGGCUGUAUUAUAGCAUAAAUAAAUACUCUCUAGCCCUAAAUAUAUCUUACAACCCUUAAAAGGUGUAGAUUCUAGAAUAACAGAACCUACUGAAAUGUCUUACCAAAAGGUCCAAACUCCAAUAAUAUCUAUUAACAAAUUAACUGAUAGAAUAGUAUAUUGAGCAUAUGUGUAUUCUUUGUAAAUAAAAUUUAUAGAAAUUGUAUUGAAACUGAAACCCUUUUCUCCCAUGUUUAUAUAUUUACUUAUUUAUCUAAUAUUUUAUAAGACAACGGGAAAUAAUUAUCUUAAAAUUUUUAAUUUGCAUACAACUAUAGAAAUUUAUUAAUAAUUAUUUCCUGCAACAUCAAAUGGUGUAAAUCUACAUAAGUUAAAUUUGUGGCGUGUUGAAGUAUAUUAAAAGCAUAGAUUUAUAUAAAGAAUUACAUACAUUAUGCUCCACAAUUUAAUAAAUGUAAAUUUAUAACACAGCACUCAAUAAUAAUUGUGUGUUUAACCUGAAUCUCAAAAUGCAUUUCUCGAACUUGUAAACUCUUGUGAUAAACUUGUGUUAAAUUUCCUUAAUGUAGCUGUAGUUGCGUUUUAAGAUACGUGCCUUUAAUAUGUACUAGAAUCUAAAAUUAUUUGUGCCUUAUUGUUUCCUCUUUCCAAAAUUUGCACAUCGUUAUUUAUUAUUUAUAGUAUUCUUUAAACAUAAGUACACUGAAGUAAGAUUUAAAAAAGUAUUAUUAAUCGGUAUUAACAAAAUGAACAUACAAUUCUAAUUUAAGUUUUUGGAUUAUUGAAAUAUUUAUACGAUUUUGUUUUGAGUACUGCCGAGUAUUUUAUAAAGUUUUCACGAACAAAGUUUAUGAUAAUUUAUAUUUUUAACACAUAUAUGUUAUUUUAACUGCGAAAUAAACAUUUUUGUUUUUA